AUGAUUCCGCGCAAUGUGCCGUAUGAGCACAACCCGCCGCGUCGUGACAACAUCGUGACGGUCGUCAUGCCUGGUAUCACUUCCUGCCGCUCCCAGCUUUCCCGCUACACUGGUGGGGAUCCCCUGCAGGUUCUGUGCAACUGGUCUGACGUGGACCCCACAGACCCGCUGCACAUUGCAGAUGCGGGAGGGAAUCGGUUCACAGGGAUGUCUCUUGCUAAGCGGCUUCGGCUCGCUUUACAGCAGUGGCGCAGCGUCGUCAUGGGUUGGAAGAGUGAUCGAUCAGAGAGUGACGAAGACGAUGACGUGGUAGACGCGCCGCAACGGACAUCGCCGGACGUUGUGCGCGGCGGCGCCAGCGUCUCGCUCUCCGUCGCCAGUCGUACGUCACCGUCGAGCUUUGGCGCCGCAGUGCAGGCAGCAGACCUUGGUCUCAUCGACCCCCCAGUGCUGUACAGCGCAACGUGCCGCAUUGCCCCGCGGCUACUGCACGGUGUUCUUGCCUCGCCCGAGGUGGCGGAGGUGCGACACUGUGGGUGGUAUCGUACUAUUAAUCCAAUGCACUGGGUCCUCACGGUGAAAGAGCUCAUUACGUGCUGGUCGUUUAGCGUGCGACCUUUUCAGUGGUGCUUCUCGGAGCCAGGCAGGACGAACACAGCGGGCAUUCGAGACCAGGCCGCCUUCACGCGUGAAGUGCGGCGUGCCGUGCGUCAUAUAAAGGCCGCGCCGACAGCGGAACCGCAUAACAACAGGACAGACGUAGAGGCACGGGAAAGCACCUCAACAACGAUCAACAAGAAGCACCUGGUCCUCUUUGGUGUCAGCCGUGGUGCCACGACGUGCUUCUACUCGGCCAUGAAACUAGCACCAGAGGAGGCCAAGCAUGUCUCUCUCGUACUUGUCGAGGCGCCAUUCGACACGCUGGACCACGUCAUCGACACAUCGUGUUGGGUUCCGUGCCUCAUGCGGUGGUUUGUGCGGUCGUUCAGCGACUGGCGCGGGAAUCAGGAGGAGAGGCUCGCCUACGACUUUGAUCCACAGAAAGUGCAUCUCCGCUGCCCUGUCGCCUUCGUCAUGUCUGUCAAGGACACGCGCGUGCCCAUCAGCUGCACACAGGCGCUGAUUGACCGUGUGCAACGAGAGCUCGUCCCACAUGUAAUACCCGCGGUGGAAGUGCUGGUGCUGAAAAAUAGUCGACACGCCACGAUGGCAGUCGGCAGCAAGGAAGACCAGGACGCGUACGUUGCGUUUGUGGAGCGCCUCUACAACACGUACUGCUCCCCCUGA